CUGCGGGCUCCGUUUGCGUGUUUGGUUCGGUCGAGGAAGGAAUUUAUGCGAGUGCAUCGUUCUUCGUUGUCGAUCCAGAUCCGCGGCCAUCACUUUUGUACCAUUCGUGACAACGUAUUCCUUGUUUCCUCUCCAAGGUGACACUGAAAUAUCUUUCGUUCUCUCUUGUUGCUCCCAAUUGAUUCACAGUCACUGUUAUCAUCAUUAACCAUGACGCUAUUGGUAUCUCGAACGGUGCGGUCUUUGCUCCGCAAGACGCCCUUUUCUACGACUGGUACGACCACACCCAUCGGCGCGAGUAUCCGCACCGUCACGACACUGCAAGAGACGCUGGCGGCGCAAGUGCCGGAAAAGCAAAAGAAAAUGGCCGAACUUAAAAAGAGUUACGGAUCCGAAGUGAUCGGCCAAGUGACGGUGGACCAGUGCAUCGGUGGAGCUCGUGGUGUCAAGUGCAUGCUCUGGGAGACGUCCAACCUGGACCCCGACGAGGGUAUUCGCUUCCGCGGUCUCACCAUUCCGGAAUGCCAAGCCGUCCUCCCGACUUAUUCGGGCAAGGCUGGCGACGGCGAGCCCCUCCUCGAAAGUCUUUUCUGGCUGCUCCUCACGUCCGAGGUUCCCACCAAGGAACAAGCCGACUCCUUGACGGCCGAUUUACACUCGCGCGCCAAACUCCCCUCACACGUGGUUCCCCUGCUCAAUUCGUUGCCCAAAGACAUGCAUCCCAUGACGCAAUUCACUAUUGGGCUCGCCGCCUGCCAGACGGAAUCCGUCUUCGCCAAAGCCUACCAGGACGGCGUUCCCAAGAAUCUAUACCACGAGUACGCCUUGGAAGACAUUCUUUCCGUCGUCGCCAAGUUGCCAGAAAUUGCCGCCACGAUUUAUCGCAACGUCUACCACGACGGAGUUGUGAGUCAGGAUACGUCGUUGGAUUUUGCGGGAAACUUUUGCCGGAUGCUCGGCUACAACGAUCCGUCGUUUGAUGAGCUCAUGCGUCUGUACCUGUGCAUCCACACGGACCACGAGGGCGGCAACGCGUCGGCGCACGCCACGCACUUGGUCGGUUCGACCUUGAGUGAUCCGUUCUUGUCGUACGCUGCCGGAUUGAACGCGUUGGCCGGUCCGCUCCACGGCCUCGCCAACCAAGAAGUCCUGAAAUGGAUCCAGGAGCUCAAGGACAAGUUCGAGUCCGAAGGCAAACCGGUGAACGCGGAAACCAUUACCGAAUUUGCUUGGGACACGCUGAACGCGAAAAAGGUGAUCCCGGGCUACGGUCACGCCGUCUUGCGCAAGACCGACCCCCGAUACACGUGCCAACGUGAAUUUGCGUUGAAACACAUGCCCGACGACGAACUCUUCAAGGUGGUCGACACGAUUUAUGAAGUCAUGCCCGACAUUUUGAAAGAACACGGCAAGGUGGCGAACCCGUAUCCCAACGUGGACAGUCAUUCGGGCGUUUUGUUGUGGCACUAUGGGUUCACCCAAUACCAGUACUACACUGUUUUGUUCGGCGUGAGUCGUGCGGUGGGUGGGCUAUCGCAACUGUACUGGGACCGGGCUCUGGGCUUGCCCCUCGAACGACCGAAAUCCGUCACGCCGGAAUGGAUCUGGAGUCAGGUGCAAAAGUAGUGGUCAUGGACGUCGUUUCGUAUUGGAACGCACAAAUGGAUGGAGAGGAAUGAAAUGCACUUCUUUUGUGUCGGUGUAUCAGUCCAUUAGAAAUAACUUUAGCCUACGCAGUUUGCAGUC